GGCCGACGGGCGCCGUGGGCGGGCGGAGCGGCCGGCACCCGCCCUGCCUCCCUGCCGAGGGGCCGCCGCCGCCUGCCGCCGCCGCCUGGGCCCGCGCGCGCGCCCGCGCCUGCCGCGCCGCUGCCGGGGCCGCGGGAUGUUCGUUUUAAAGAUCCAGUGAAGAUGAAAAAGGAUAUCUUAUGGUUUUACGGAAUUUAAAGCAAUAUUGUCUGACAUGACGGCAAAAAAUGUUGGUGUGACUUCCACAAAUGGAGACUUGAAAGGAUUUAUAGAUCAGAACCAGAGUCCAACAAAAGGUAAUAUUUCAAUAAUCACAUUACCAGUUUCCAGCACCAACUCCCCAACUAAGAUCUUGCCAAAAACCUUAGGACCAAUCAAUGUGAAUGUUGGACCCCAAAUGAUCAUAAGCACAUCACAAAGACUGAGCAAUUCAGGGAGUGUUCUGAUUGGGAGUCCAUAUAACCCAGCUCCGACCAUGGUCACACAGACACACGUAAUGGAAGCUUCGGGCUGGGUCCCAGGGGACAGAAAGAGGACUCGAGAAUUUAUAGAAUCAGAUUUUUCAGAAAGCAAGAGAAGCAAAAAAGGAGAUAAAAACGGGAAGGGUCUGAGGCAUUUUUCAAUGAAAGUAUGUGAAAAAGUUCAACGUAAAGGAACAACUUCAUACAACGAAGUCGCCGAUGAGCUGGUAUCAGAAUUUACAAAUUCUAACAGCCACCUGGCUGCAGAUUCGGCUUAUGAUCAGAAAAACAUCAGGCGGAGAGUUUACGAUGCCCUUAAUGUCCUGAUGGCAAUGAACAUCAUUUCAAAGGAGAAGAAGGAAAUCCGAUGGAUUGGCCUUCCUACAAACUCAGCUCAGGAAUGUCAGAAUCUAGAGAUAGAAAAACAGAAGCGGAUUGAAAGGAUAAAACAGAAGCGAGCCCAACUACAAGAACUACUGCUGCAGCAAAUCGCGUUCAAAAACUUGGUACAAAGAAAUCAGCAAAAUGAACAACAAAAUCAAGGCCCUCCAGCUUUGAACUCAACGAUACAGCUGCCUUUCCUAAUAGUCAACACCAGCAAAAGAACAGUUAUAGACUGCAGCAUAUCAAGUGACAAAUUUGAAUACCUCUUUAAUUUCGAUAACACUUUUGAGAUUCACGAUGACAGUGAGGUGCUGAAGAGAAUGGGAAUGUCCUUCGGGCUUGAGGCAGGCAAGUGCUCAGCUGAGGACCUACGAACUGCAAAAUCACUGGUGCCGAAAGCUUUGGAAGGCUACAUCACAGAUAUGUCUACAGGAUUUUCAUGGAUAAACCAAGGGUUACUUUCAAGUUCAGCACAAGCAGUUUCACAUUUAGAGGCAGCAGGAGGCACUUCUGACGCUAAAUCAAGUGAGAACCCAGGGUUGUGUUUCGAUGCUGAAGUGGCCUUAGCAACUGGGCAGUUUCUUGCCCCUAGCAGUCAACAGUCCAGCAGUGCAACUUCCCGCUACUCUGAAUCACGGGGAGAAACUCCAUGCUCAUUCAAUGAUGAAGACGAAGAGGAUGAAGAUGAGGAUUCUUCCUCCCCAGAAUAAGGACAGUAGAAAAUGGAAUAUACAAAAUGCUGCUCAUAAAUGUUCUUAAUGGGAGCUCCUGUCUGGAUUUUACUGAAGUUUCUUGCCUUGAUCUGCACUGUGUUCAGUGAAGCAAAACGGAAGCUUCAAAUAAUUCCUCCACAGCUGAAAUGGAACACUUUUUAUAACUGAACACAGGGUGACACAGACACAGAGCAAAGUGGGAUUUUAUCAGCUAUAACCAAGGAAAGGAACAAACUCCCUGGAGAUUUGGCAAAGUAAACAUCAAGUUCACAUUUUCCAUUUUGGGGCAUUCUGUCUCAAGUCUCCAUCUUCCCCUUAUCUUUACCAGAGGGAGAAAAAACCAGAUUCAGUCAAUGAAUGCCAGUUCUCGCAUUGUCUGUUGGCUGGGCUACCUUUAAAAGAAGGGGGAGAGAGCACGCACGAAUGCGCUAAAAUAGCUAUUUAAAACUAUCUUAUAUGAAAACUGUUCUAGGGAAAAGGGGCUGUUAGAAUGUUUGCUUUUUCUGUCCAACUUGCUGUAUAGAAGAUUCUUAAUAUAAAUUGCAAGUGAUUAAAUGAAUCUUGAAAUAGUUUAAAUCCAUUUUAGCUACUCUAAAAGUAACAACAAUACAUCUCUUUUGAAAGGGUUCCUAUGUUCAUUUAUACUGCAGACUUUAUUUAUUAUAAAUACGUGAUUAUUCUUAGCCAUUAUUAAGCAGUCAGUCAGGAUAAAACCAGCAGUAUUCUCUGCGCCAGCUUUUACAGGGAAAAAGAGUUUUAAAGUUGUAUUUCUAGUUUAUGGUGUGUUCAGUGCAGCUUCUCCCUUACUGCUCUGACUUUAUAAUCCCUGGGAUUUUGUAGCAUGUGUUGGUUUUUUUAAAAACAGUGGCCUCUAUGCCCAGGCCCUGGGGCAGCACGUGUUCCAGGCGUGUUCAGGGCGUGGGAUUUUAAAGUCAUGGGCUGAGGUUCUUUGGAAAAAAAUUAAAUGUCACCAAUCCAUCAUUUCAUGUUUGCAUUUUGGUCAGCUCGGGUUGUGGCAGAUUGGCGUUCUUAAAAUGAAUUCUGCACUCACCUUGACGUGCUUUGAAAAGCAGCAUCAAACCACUUCUUAAAAUAAUCUGUGGCUAAAGUCACACAAAUCCCACUGAGCUGCUAAAUCAGACUGGCGCAGGAGGCUCCCUGCUCCACAGACACCGCAUCCAAACAUAAAGACAGUUUAAAAAUCCCUUGAAUACCAGAGCAAAGUACGCUGCAGCUGGACCCUUCCCAUGGUGUUCCAACACCCAGUAUUUUAACUAGGCUUGAAGUUAACUAUUUUUAAUUAGGUAAAUCCAGGUUAAAAGAGCAUUACUGCUUUCUGGUUUUUUUUACUGUAUGUAAAUAGUUGACAUGUUUCUAAGAACUGGGUGUGUGGGCUGUCGGAGCUCACACCCUGCGGCUCCAGAGGCAGCAUGUGAUGCUGCUCCUUGCCUGUGGCAGCAGAGCAUCCCUGACGGCUGCGGCCGUUGCUCCGGCAGCCGUGGGUGCAGCCACCCGCUCCUUCCCAGACAAGCCUGCGCUCGGCCCCCGAGAUCCAAAAGCCAGUGAGAUCAAGGGCUCCGGCUGAAAGGUGACUCCCGGUGGUACAGGAGUUGGCACACGACUGGCGGCGUACAGGACAGGGAAACGGUGAGGAACAAGCACAAACAAGCAGGCCUGCACAUUUGCAUUAGAAAUUAAAGCAUCCAGGUAGAAACUCUUUGCAGGGAGAUCAACCUUCUGCAUGUGAGGCACCCAAUUAUUUAGGCACCGCUCCUGGUGGAGCAGGUGGAGCCAUCGAGCUUAGCUGACACAAAUGAGUUGUAAGUGCACAAAUUAAAAGAAUUCUUCUAUGCCUACUGUGUCGUUCACCCUCUGGGCGAGACUGUGCGGUCUGUCCUGUGCUCCUGGCUCAGGCAGCAGCAGGCGGAGGGAUCUGCCCCACCUCACCUCGACCAAUUCUGUAACACUACCUCCAUAGGAAGAAAAGCUUUACAAAUACAAAACAAUGAGAGUCAGUGCCCCGGACUGACUGUGGAAAUAAGAGAUGGAGAGGGUAACAGACACUCCAGGCAUGUGACUGUGGAAUUGUCAGCUUCACGAGUGACGUUUAAUUUAAAUAGAUAAUUGCGUUUAGUCUUAAAAACCCAUUGUUUUUUCAAGGCUUCUCCUGUCAGUCCCCUGACACUGGAGAGGGCAGAUCAAAGGUACCUGAUCUAUGCAAGAGCCCAGUGAACUCAUUAAUGAGGGGAACAUUUUCCAAAGUUAUUCACACACACACACCCCAGUAUCUGGGGGCACCUUUACCUUUAUAUGCUUUCUUCACAUUUCCCACUCAGGAGGUGCAUAAAAAGAAAAACCAGCAGAACACUAUAAACAAUUCCUUUGAACUACAAGAACCUGCAAAAAAAAGCUUCCUGCCCAGAAAUGGAAUGUGUUAGAUUAGGAAUCGCUAUGCUUUUCUGCUUUACAGGAGGGAGAUUGUCGGUGAUCUUUCCCUUCCAAUCGAUGUCUGUUUCCUUCAGCGCAGCCGAGCACACGGUUCCAGGCUUGCAGGUGCACUUCAAGCAAUCACUUUUUUUCAUUUUUAAGUAAACUACCGAGGAGCCCAUAAAGAAUUCUUUAGACCAUUGAACCAAGAUUUUAAAAGUGAUUUUCCCUGAACUAGUUGAACACAAAAGAUAAAACAAGUUAGAACAGUUAGAAGAGGCUUGAAAAGGAAAUUCCUUCCUUGGGAUCCUUUCUGCCAAGUUCCAGUUGAGAUGAAGUUCCAGCGAAGCGCUGUUUUCAUGUGGUUACACUGCAGACUGGGAACUAGGAGGAUUUUGGGCCUUAUCCAGCCAUAGUCACUCAUGUAUGAUCUCGGGUGAACUUUGCAAUCAUUCUGAUUAAUCUUAGCUGACGUAUUUUUUAAAAACAAAACAACAUAAAACCACCCUCAACCAAAGCAGGUAACGCAGGGCCUGACAAGGCAGCCACUGCACCUGCACUGAGCUCUGAGCCCCCAGGAGUACCAAGGGGAUGGAGCUCAACCACAGCUCAUACAAAGCCAAUGGCAGUAGUUGUGCUCAGUUGCUGCAGCGCACAGGCCUCCCCUUCCUCUGAGAGCCAGCAGCAGGCGCUUUCCAGGCUCAGCUGGGCGUUAGCAAGACUGGUUUUCCAUUUUCUACACAGUUACCAUCAUCCUCUCCUGUCUCCUGCAAUACCCUUGGCAUUCAUUGCUAUGGAACCAGCGGCCACUGGUGCCAGAUGGUAUCGUAAGACAAAGUUAACGCUUCCAUUUUCAUGCGUGCCACGUUUCUGUGUCUUGGAACACUCUCUUGGUUACACAUUCAGAGAGUGCUUGGCUGCAAACAACACAAUGCUGGGUGUAAAUGCUUUCAUAUCUAUUGCAGUAGACAGCUUUAGUGCUGGAGCUACUCUCGUGUUGGAAACAAAUCUAAAUUUGAUUUAGAAAAACUUGUCAGCGCCACAAAUAAACCAAAAAAUAUGAGUGGGAGGCGGCAUUUUUCUAUUAUGUGGAAAUCUGGCAUAAUGUUUGUGGAUUUUGUUUUUUAAAAUUGUAUGAAGGUGCCAGUUUUCCCAUUUCCACACUGGGAUUAGCAGCAGUAAUCCCUCAUCCAACAAAGUGUCUGUAUUUAGGAAAAGGCUGAAGCAAAUUAUACCGCUUAUAUGAAGCUAUGAUUUUAACUCGCUUCAUUGAACCUCGUACCUGCCACACUGCAGUUGCUUCCAUUUUGGUGAAGGAUUUUUUGUUUAGUUUUUUAAACUCUAGCUUGCCACUACUGCUAAUCCUGAGCUGCUGGGAAGUGCUGAGUGCACAGAAUGCCCCUAGAAGGACUUGUCUGAUCAACCAACUCACCCUCACGUAAAAAGGCCUCAUAACCACAUUUUAAUCCCUUUUUUCUUAAGAAAAACAAACCCUUCGAGUUCAUGCAUAAAAUGAUGCUUGAAUUUAGAAUUCCAUAGUUAAAGUUUGAAACAUCAACUGCUCUUUCUUCUGACCGUUUCCGCCAUUUUAACUCAAGAGCAUGGCUGAAAUUUAACCACAUAUGAACAUGGGGCAGUACUCAUUUUUAUAAUUAUCUGGCUCUCUUCAGCUGAAAACCAUCCAGGCAGACUAUUGAGAAGACUGCUUUUAGUGAAAGACAUUUGGGAUUCAUUGGAAAACAAAGCUGGUAACCACAGGGCGCAGGACACAGCAAACAAACCAACUCGAUUAUCUUCUGUCUGACCCCCUAACUUGCAGCUUUUCAUUCCUAGAGUCUCUUAGGACAGAAGGGUUUUAAAGAAUGAGAUAAAACAGUGCUGGGAAAAGACUAUAUCAGCAUUUUUCAAGAUUUGAUUUAAAAAAUUCUAGCCAAAGCCUUACUUUGCAGUGCUGACCUUCUGCUUUCUACAGGCACGACUCAUUAAAAGACACACCACAGCUGAAUUCUUCCAAGGCUUAGUCUGUUCUACAGCUGAAGGCAUCUCAGCCAUCAGAACUGGGCAGCGGAGCCUGUGGCCGCGUUCCUGAUGAACUGGGAAAGGGCUUUUGGUUUUCAAAAUAUGCCCCUUCUUGAAUUCUGCCCUCUAAAAGCAAUAUGCCAAUCAAUCAGCUGUAAUAGGUUAUCACAUACCUGCACCUGUAAGCAUGUUAACAGUGCUAAAGACUUAAUUUGCUGAUUAGGUGUUCAUAUAACCAAAUCCUGAUACCACGAAGCUUCUGGAAAUGCUCAUUCCUUACACUUAGCCAAGUUCUCAAAUCAGUCUCUCUUCCCCAUUUAGCUGUUAGAAUUCAGUCUGGUGAGAGUGUUUUUAAGAGGCUCCAAGCAAGUCUUGUCUCCUGGACCCAGGGAUACUGCCAAAAAAGUGCCCACAACUAGCACUGCUGCCGGUUGUUCGCUGCCCUGCUCCGCACUGCCGUCUCUUAAGUCGCUGUAGAGCUGCUCAGGCUUUGCAGUGUCUGCAAUCUAAUUACCUGAGUCAGCAUCCCUGGGUACCUAAUCCAGCUGGCAGUGACUGUCACAGGGGAUGCUGAAAAAGCUGCAUAGUGCAGCUAUUCAGAGAGCCUGUAUUCGUUCAACAUCUUUAAUAUACCUCCCUUGUCUGGCCCAUCCCAAAGAUCAGAGCAAACCAAAAUGCUUUCUUUUUGCUUACAUCUUUUUGACAGUACCCAAGAAUCCAACAUUUAGGAUAUCCACCCUAAGCUGCAGGACACCAAAAAUCCUUGCUCAGAAGAAACAUCUGAGAUCUAACUAUCCAGAUCCCAGGAGAAAACCAUCCACUUCAUUACAAUAUGGAGCAAAGGAUAAGCUUCAGUUUUUCCUUUUUCCACCAACAAAAGCAGGCUGACUUAGAUCAGAUCAGAAUCGGAAGGAGGGCCGUGAUAAUUCCAAGCAGAUACAGGAAUCCCCCAGUAGCCCAGACUGGCAGCUGCUCUUCGUAUUCUGUACUGGCUGGAACACGUGGCACCCACUUAAAUCUUCUGCCUUCUCUAAAUGCCAUGCUUAAGUACUCUAUCCUUUACAGGCAAAGGGCUGUAGAUCUGUGAACACCAUGGGACAGCAGGAUCCAGCUACAUCGAAUUUUGAUUUACAUGUAGAUGUAAAUCAAGCCCAUCUACACUGUAGACAGGAAGCUUUCCCAAGACAGAAUGAGUCUUUAACAGUAACUUGGUUUUAGCCUAGUCUUGUUCUCCAGGCUAAGUGAAACAGACACUAAUCCCCAGCGCUGUCUGGUUCUUGUGCCUCCCAUGAAGCGGCAAUGGCACCACCAGGGCAAGGCAGUCCAGAGAGAAAAGAAAACCCCACAUACCCAUGGCCCUUCCCACUGAAAUGUUUAGGUGACGUAUAAUUAUUAUGAAUGGCCACAAAAGUUAAAAGCAGGAAAGGUUAAGCCCACAAAAUCAGCCUCCAGUUUAUUCGGCGGGUUUGUUAAAUCCAUAAUGUAACUAACUAAAAAUCAGUAGCCAAUUGUUAGGUUGUGCUAAGGCAGGGAGACUGUUGAUCUCCCAGACCUUCCCUCAGAACCACCAGCUGAAUUGGAGCCCACCAUGCAGGUGUCUGGCACCUUCCCUUGUCUCUAAAGCCAGGCUGUGCAGAUGAUAAGCACUGAGAGCAGCCUAUGCCACUGUUACGACGCUAUCUCACUGAAACCUACUGCAAAAAAGAUCAGACCUCCUUUGAGCAAACCGGCAACACCUGGGAUAUGAGCUCGUCCUUGUUCCUCAGGCCCUGGCUGCAAAUGCCGUGGGACGAAGGCACCAGCCUUUGUACCUGCCCACUCUGCACUGCGCCAGGAGUAACAAGCCAGCAAGUCCAGGCAUGGUUUUCCCCCCAGUAUGUGUCUGUUGGCACCUCUUAGGUGAGGUGGCAGCAGGUCAGUCCCUACCCAAGGAGCUGCAGCGCCGCGGACACGAGCCAGUGCUGCAGAGCCCCUGCAACAGGCAGUGCAUGAGAAACACCUUGCACCCUCCGUCCCCCCAUUACAGAGGCACUUUUGAACAUCUACCAUGUUCUACAUGGAAUUAAGUUGUAGAGACACUUGCUUUUUAUGCCUAAAAUGCAGAAACCACCUGAAAAUUCAUUAGUUUUUCCAUGAAAUAAGACUUUUUAACUUCUUUCCUUUUUUUUUUUUUUUGGUCUAAGGAGGAAGCCAGUGUGGGCAAAGCAGUUCUCUGACCUCAUUCAGUGCUGAAUUCAAAGGAGUGUUGGCAAACACGGGGCGGGGGGUGGGGGAGAAGAUCAGGCACACUGACAAAUCCAAUUUCCAAGGACGCUAGUGAUAUGGGAUUUGAAGUUUUAAUUAAUUUUUGAUCCCCCCAUCUCAAUCUCCUCCCUCCCCCCAGAUUUGCGUCGGCACAAAAUGUCACCCAAACACUUGGGCUGAACUGUUUCUCCCUUUCCUUGUGCUGAACUCCUGUGUCUUCAGCAGAGUCCAGGUUGCCCAUUCAUCUUUUAAACAAUUUGCUGCAUAUUUUUUAAUUCUCCAUAGAUUUCUCUUUUUCCAAAUACCUUUAAAUUAUAAACUAAAGUUUUAUUUUUGCAGAAAGACUGCUAUGAAGCUAUGCUGAUUUUUUUUUUGUCCUGAUGAAAUAGUGUUAAUUUCUACUACCACACUGUGCGUGGCUAGGAGUAGUGUGAAAAGAAGGUGGUAGUACUGCGUGUGCUUUAAAUGCUGACAAAGAUAUAAAGAAGAAAUGCAUACACAAAGUUUUACUUUCCUAAUAGGAACACUGGCACUAGCAAAUAGUAUAUUUGAAUCAAUAGGAAAUACUACUUUGUAGCAGCAAACACUUUGUAAAUAAAAACUUGUUAUUUUUUUAACGGAAAUUUUAUAGAAGAAGCUAUUUCUGUAUACUCAAUUGAUCCCACAUUUACUGAAAAUGCUGCAGGUGGGAGGUGUACGCUGCAAAAUGGGGGUGGGGAGCAGCCAAGUCCAACUGAAGUAAAAACCGUACCCUUUUGGAGAAAACCACACGGAUGUCUGUGAACUGGAAGGUAAAGGCUGAACUGUAGAAGAACUGAAUAAAAGAAUUUCAAGGCAAUGGGAUUUGGCGUGUUUUUGAGAAAAACAUUGUGGAACAAAAAAAUAAAGGAACCCUCAGUUUACAAUUUAAUUUCCAGGAGCUACUGCAUCCUUUGGUGUUGGGAAAAUAUAUACAGAAAUCUAGCUAUCACAGCCCCAUUGGUUAGUUCACCACUCAGAGACACUUAAUGUGUUGUUAUCCAGGGAAAGACAGACUA